GUUUACAAAUCAACCGGAGCCGGUAGGAUUCCGGCUACUGGGGCUGCAGCGAGCGGCUCGAGUGCCUGCGGGUCUCCAGCUUUCGCGUUUGCCCGGCCCGGCCCCGGCUUCAACACCACACCCGACGCCGCCGCGGCCCGCAGAGCUGCCAGCGACGCCUACAGAGCUUCUGGUGCCCGGGCUGGGGGCCAUGCCGUGCCGGAGGGAGGAAGAAGAGGAAGCCGGCGAGGAAGCGGAGGGAGAGAAAGAGGAGGAGCAGGCCGGCAGCUUCCUCCUGCUGGAGCAGUCGGUGACGCUGGGCGGCUCGGGCGAGGUGGACCUGCUGGUGGCCCAGAUCGGCGAGACGCUGCAGCUGGACGCGGCGCAGGACAGCCCGGCUUCCCCGUGCGCGCCCCCCGGGCCGCCGCUGCGGCCCCCGGCGGCGGCGCUGGCAGACAAGGCCCGGCACCCUGUUCUGCCGCUGCUUCUGCCGCCCGAGGCGGUGGGCCCGCCGCCCCCAGGGGCCCUUCGCUGCGCCCUCGGAGAUCGUGGCCGUGUGCGAGGCCGGGCUGCGCCUUACUUUGUGGCCGAACUCGCCGCAGGCCCCAGGGCGCUGCCCGGGCCAUGCAGGCGAGGAUGGUUGCGUGGCGCUGUCGCCUCCCGCAGCCUGCAGCAGCGACGAUGGCCCCCAGCCGGAGCGCGCACCCACGACGACGACCCACACCGGCUCCUGCAACAGCUCGUGCACUCGGGGAACCUCAUCAAGGAGGCCGUGCGGAGGCUCCAGCGAGCUGUCGCCGCGGUUGCUGCCACAGGCCCAGUGGGCGCCUCCGGGACUGGGGGCGGCUGCAGCGGACCGGACCCCGUCGCCCUGCAGCCCUCGGGCGCCUUGCACUGACCGAGGGCCCUGAAGGAGGAAGAGGGGGCCGCUGUGAAGACCCAGCAGCGUCCGGCCCUCUCCGGCCCUGAGCUGAAGCCGCUGUUGCUGUUCUGGGAGCGACCGCCUAGGCAGCAGGGAGGCGAGUGGGGGGGAGACCUCAAACCGAGAAGUUACCGCCCUCGGGAGGGUCGGGGAAACUUGAACGUAGAUAAAAGCACGGGCCUGGACACGUCUGUGCCGCGUGAGAAUUUCCCCGGCCACCUUGGGGCCAAGGACCUGGGAUAAACUGGGAGAACUAUGGCAGCUACUUUUAUCGAUUUGUACCUGACCUUAACCCUUGGGGGCGUCGUGUGCGUGGACUGUUUCAAGAUAGGGUCCCAAGGGGCGGGAAUCGUGAGGGCUUUAUAACAAUACUUGAAAACUUAAUGACACGAAUACAUUUUCUUUAUUUUCCGGUAGAGGAGCUUAGUGAAAAUGGUGCUACAAUUGCUGUGCGAAGAAAUUCCAGAGGGGAGAAGAAUGUAAAAGCUUGAUGGGAAGGCACAAGAAAAGCCAGCCUUUCUUCCCCGAAGAGACUGACCCAUUCGUCAUCUGUGAGAAAGGAAAUGGUUUUACAGCGACAGCAACCUAUUUGCCACAUAUGUGAAGAGAGCUGGGGAUCCAGGAAGAGGCAAGGUUUCAGACAUCCUGGAAGAAUCCGCAAGCAAGCUUGGGGCCAAGACCUUCAUAUAAGAGAGAGAUAGAAACAUCAGUGUGAGAGAGAACCACCCAUCG